AUGCCAAUUGAUCCAGAAAAAUUAGCUAAAUUACAAAAAGGUAGUGCUAAGAAAGUUGGUGGUUCCAGAAUUAAAGCCAAAAAGGUCAUCAAAGAACAAGAUGAUUCCAAAUUAAUUGAAACCUUAGGUAAAUUAAAAGCUACCAAGAUUCAAAAUGUUACUGAAGCUAACUUCUUCAAAGAAGAUGGUAAAGUUUUACAUUUCAAAAGAGUUGGUAUCCAAGGUGCUAACGAACAUAACACUUUUGCUUUCACUGGUUACCCACAAGAAGUUGAUGUUACUAAAUUAAUCCCAGAUAUCUUACCUCAAUUAGGUGCUGAAAAUUUAGAAAUCUUAUCACAAUUAGCUAAACAAAUCCAAGCUGGUAAAGCUCCUCAAAUCAACCAAGACGGUACUUUAGAUGAAGAAAUCCCAGAUUUAACUGAAGGUCAAAAAUUCGAUGAAGUUGAAUAA